AUGGGCGUUUUCUGCAACAUGGCAAUCAUUGCAGAAUUGAUAUGUCUAUUUACUGUGUCGGUCACUGUAGUUUGUGCCGUUAAUACUGUUAGUGGCCAUUAUCAGGAAAAUGAUCGAACAUUUUCAAAAAGACUUUUAUUGGAUGAUGACUACCGAACCAUUAUCAAUAGACUGAACAAUCUCACGAAUGACGUUGGAGCUCUUAAGAAUGAAGUCGAGGCUCUCAAGAAAGAGAAUUCUCUGCUAAGACACCCAGCAGUUGCCUUUUUGGUGGAAAAAACAAAAACCCUCACUGGUCAAAAUCACCACAUCUAUUACGACAGCAUUAAACUAAAUAUUGGAAACGCCUACUAUCUUGCUCAUGGAAACUUUAUUGCCCCUGUAAAGGGCAUCUACCUGUUCUUCAUAACAGCAUGUUCUCAUAGCAGCCAUACUAUUGUUCUAGAGCUUACAGUGAACGUCGCAGUGGUUGGGAAGGUGUUGGCUGGUGAUGAACAUUACACUGAAUGCACGUCAAAAUCUUUCCUUUUUCAGCUGUCCGCUGGUGAUGAUGUUUACGUACAGCAUGAAGCCGUUGGCGACUAUCUUUAUAGCAACCCGAUUUAUGGAUAUCCCUCGUUUUCUGGUGCACUGUUAAAGGUUUUGUAA